AUCGUGUGGCUUGUGUCGUGUUGCAGUGAGCGAAAUUUGUGGAUCUAUCUUAUCCUCUAUGGCUCAAACCAGUUCAGUUAGGGUUCUUGAUAGCUUCCAUGUUUCGCCGCCUCCCGGCUCGGUUCCGACCACCUCCGUUCCUCUCAGUUCCUUCGACCUGCUAUGGUUUCCCCUCCGUCAUGUAGAACGCCUUUUCUUCUACAAAUUCCCACACCCUACUUCGCAUUUCAUCGAAACCACUCUCCCGCUGCUUAAACAAUCUCUCUCCCUGACCCUCCAACGUUUUUACCCUUACUCGGCUAACAUCAUGUGCCCUCAACCCCCCGGAAAGCCUUACAUCCGUUACAUCGACGGCCACGACUUCAUAGAUUUCGCGGUCGCCGAAUCCGCCGCGGAUUUCGACCAUGUGGUAGCCGAUUAUCCGCGAGAUGUUAAGUUGUUACACCCUUGCGUCCCUCGGCUACGUUCGGCACAUGUAAACGAAGACGGCGUUCGCGUUCUCCCCGUCAUAGCCUUUCAAGUCACCGUGUUCCCGAACACCGGCAUCUGCAUCGGAUCGACUUAUUGCCACGCAAUUGGUGACGGCCAGUCAUUCAUGCAAUUAAUGAGGUCUUGGACGUCUGUUUAUCGAUCGGUCGGCGACUUGUCUUGUCUCGACGAAAAUUCGCGUCCUUUAUUCAACAGGGACGUGAUGAAGGGCCCUGGUGGCGACAUGGAGUCGGAUUUAUAUAACAUUUAUCGGCAAUGGUUAUCAUCUUGCGGUGAAAACUCAACAUCAACACAAGAUUUAGCAGCAGACAAGGUCCGAGCCACGUUCGUGUUGAGUCGAGCCGGUGCCGAGAGACUAAAGCAUUUGGUCACGGCAGCCGAUGAUAAACACCAAUGUCACAUCUCAACGUUUGUAGUCACAUGUGCCUUGAUGUGGGUUUGCUUGAUCAAAUCAAAAGAGAUUGUCACCAACAAUUCAUCACACGACGACAAAGAUAAGUUUUAUCACUUCAUUUUCUCAUUCGACUGCCGGAAUCUCCUCGGAUUCUCGAUACCGACGACGUACUUUGGGAAUUGUAUAAUACCAGGCUGUAUUAGUAUAAAGAAAAGCGAGGCAAUAGGAGAAAAUGGGAUCAUAUUCGUUGCCAAGGCUUUGGGGCAAAGAAUUAAAGCUAUGGGAAGCGAUUGGACAGACAAUGGGGCAAAGAGUUUUGAGGAAAUGACUAAAGGGCAGUUUAUCGGUGUCGCCGGGUCGCCAAAACUCCGAGUGUACGAUACCGAUUUCGGGUGGGGAAGGGCUUGCAAGGUUGAGCUGACACACAUUGAUUACGACGGAGCGACAUCUAUGACGGAGGGCAGAGACGGGCAAGGCGGAAUAGAGGCGGCUCUAGCUUUGAACAAUCAUCAAAUGGAUGAGUUCGUUACUAUUUUCGAACAAAGUCUAAAGCUCCUUUCAGUAUAACAUUCAGCAUUUGCGGUCGACAAAUCUUAUUUUAUCAUUUAAAUUUUUCGUCGCGGUUAUGUUACGAUAUUCUUCAUUAUGUUCCCAUUUUAACCAAAUAAUAUGUACUCUUA